AUGGAAUGUAACAAUGCAGAAAAAAGAUAUCGUCAGGGACGAAGUGUUGGACCAUGUCAAAAUAAUAACAGGUGGGGUAGCUCUGAUUUCGAUGGUCAGUUGGUGAAAAGGAGGCCAAGAUCAACUGAAAGAGCGGCAAGGAAUGAUUUCGAAUUAGACAUGCUAGAUAGAAAGUAUUCAGAACUGCGUCGGCUUAUAAUGAAAUCUAUGACAAAUAAGGUUCCUUCUGAAAAAUUAGUCGAAACUCUGAAAUUAAUCUUCCACAUGAACAAGAGAAGAGAAUUCACGCGAAACAAAAUAGCCGCUUUCAGAUCUCAAAGUUCUGCUCUUGCGCUACAGGGUGAUUGUUUUCAACAUUCUUGUAGCCAUUCGUCAAUGAGAGUGAAGAAGAAAGAUCAGAGUGAACAGCACUAUGAUGUCUCUGAUUUUGAUAGCAGUAGCAGCUUAAAGGAUUCUUUACCAUCAAUUCAUAAAAAUGAAGGAAUGAAAUCUAAGAAAAAGAGUAUUUCAUCUGCUGAAAGGGGUAACAAUAAAACAUCUUACACUAAAGAUGAACGGAAUAACAAAUUUGAAUCAAGUUCUCAGAACUCAACAAAAUCUGAUUCUAAAAGUGACGCGUCAACUGAAAGUAGCAAAAUGAAAAAGAAGUUAGUUAAAAAAAAUAAAGUUUCUUACCAAGAUUCUUCAAAAUUCUCCUCGAACAAAUUAGGAUAUCGAUCAAAUUCAAGAUCAAAGUCUAGGUCAAAAUCCAGGUCAAAAUCCCAAUCCAUACUUGAUAACUCGAAGUCAAGAUGUUCAUCAUCGUCGUCGUCGUCGAGAUCAACAGCGUCCACAGUUAAGAAGAACAAUCUCAAUCACUCAUUCAGCAGAGAGAGAAAAAGCAGACAGGAUUUAUUUGACGAAACAUAUUGUUGGCAGAAUUGUAAUGAAAAAAUUGAGCAGUGGUUGAAAGAGAAGAAUAAAGAAUUGAAAAGAAAGAGAGAAAAAGAAAAGAAGAUAGCGAGAGAAAAGAGGGAGAAAGAAGAGAGAGAGAGAUUAGAGUCAGAAGCUAGAAAAUCAGCAUCGAAAGAAAAGGUUAAAAUAUGGUUAGAAAUGAAAAAACUGGACGAGAAGAAACAAGAUAACGUGAAAGUCAGCCAUGAUCAAAUCAAUUCAGAUAAAAAUGAACUCACCAAACAUUCAACAAAGGAUAAAAAUGAAAACGCUUCAAGCAAUAUAAAUCACACAAAGCAAGAAAACAAAAAUAAUCAUUUUGAGAAUAAAAGUGCUAAAUCUGUGAGCAUCAAAAAACCAAAAACUAUCGAUCAGAAAGCCGAACACGAGAAAAAGCCUGGUACUAAUCUAUUCAACCCGCCUAAACCAUCAACAAAAUCGUCAAAAGUUAACUCCAAUUUAACGAGCAAAUCAUCAAAUCACGAUGCAUCGCCGGCCAAACAUCUUCACAACAAUAAAAAAGACAUCCUAAGAUCGCCACAAAAAACGAUAUCCUUCCAAAUUGACAAGCAAAAACCAUCGCUGACAGAUUUUGAUGCUCUGGUAACCAAAGAAAUGAUCCACGCUCCGCAAAAUUUAUUCAACAUCGACAUUCAGGAUGAAAUAAAACCAGUGCACGUAGCGAGACACCAUGAUCAAACAGUUAAAUCUAAAGCAGUCAACGACGUUUCCAAUGUUUCUGAAUCAAGAUCAAGCUCGCGAAUGAAUGAAAACAAACAGUUAAUUGGCUCUAGAGCCAUCAAGAUGGAAGAUUUCGAUGAAUUGACAUCGAGAAGUUAUAAUUUUGAGAGAAAAAAAGAUGGUGGUGGUGCUUAUGAGGAAGAGGAAAAACGAAGGGAGAAGUUGGAAGAGAAUCUUGAGCAGUUCAAACGUUUGAUUAUACACGGGAGCAUGAACGAAAAUGAUGAUGAUAACCACAACGAAGUGGAAGAGCUCCACACUAACAACAGACACGAAAAUGUCUACGUCAGCGGUGACAAACGGGAUGAUCGUCACGUUAAAAUUAAUAUGGACGAAUUUAACAUCGACCUGACAGAUGCAACAAAUAGAAAAUCUAAAAAUAAUGAAGAGGAGUUUGAUUCGCCACUGCUGGCUAACCCGUGGGCCAACAACAUUCAAAGGCCGAAAACUUCAAAGAGACGUGAUAUAUUUGCCGAUUGA